AUGGCCGGCCUCAGCCCCCAAGUUACCAACAUUGUCAUCAUUCUUGGAAUGAUGCAAGUGUCCAAGAGAAUCCCUUUCGAGGACCCCGACACCCUCAACAUUGUUCGCGCGCUGUACAUUGCCAGCAACCUGAUUAUCGCCUCCAUCUACCUGUAUACUCAGAUCCAGAUCAACAAGAAGAAGGAUCUGACGACCCUCAAGUAUGUCGAGCCGGCGCCCAUGGGAUCGACUGAGGAGGGCAAGCUCGUGACCACCACCAUCCACGCCUACGACUCCCAGCAGGUCAAGCAGCUCUUCCGCUCCCAGCUCAUGGGUGUUGGUAUGAUGGCUUUCAUGCACCUCUACCUCAAGUACACCAACCCGCUCCUGAUCCAGUCCAUCAUUCCCCUCAAGAGCGCUCUCGAGUCCAACUUGGUCAAGAUCCACGUCUUUGGCCAGCCCGCCGCAGGUGACCUCAAGCGCCCGUUCAAGCAGGCCGCUGGCUUCAUGCAGGGACUCCAGAGCGGCCCCGCCCAGAGCGACAAGAAGGCCGUCGAGGCUGCCGAGAGAGCUGGCCGUGGUGGCGCCAAGGAGGAGUAA